UUUGCUCCUCCGUAGGAUGGCUGGCUGCGGUGAAGUGGAUCAUUCCAUCAACAUGCUUCCCACCAACAGGAAGACGAGCGAGUCCUGCGCUAGCGCCGCUCCUUCGCUGCCAGUGCCCGAGUGCGCUAUCUGUCUGCAGACCUGUGUCCACCCGGUGAGCCUGCCUUGUAAACAUGUCUUUUGCUACCUGUGCGUGAAGGGGGCCUCCUGGCUCGGGAAGCGCUGCGCGCUCUGCCGGCAGGAGAUUCCCGAGGAUUUUCUCGACAAGCCAACCUUGCUGUCACCCGAGGAACUCAAGGCGGCAAGCAGGGGCAAUGGAGAGUACGCUUGGUACUACGAAGGCAGAAAUGGCUGGUGGCAGUAUGAUGAACGUACCAGCAGAGAGCUGGAAGAUGCCUUUUCCAAAGGCAAAAAGAGCACUGAAAUGCUAAUUGCUGGGUUUCUGUAUGUAGCAGAUCUUGAAAAUAUGGUUCAGUAUAGGAGAAACGAGCACGGACGGCGCAGGAAAAUAAAGCGGGACAUAGCAGAUAUACCAAAGAAG